AACCUCGCGAACCGGGCGUACUACUUCUCAACCUUAAGCAUACUUUAUUCUCUUAUGAUUUUUCAAACCAGAAGAAGUUUUUUUUUCUUCUUUAAGUCUUUUAGAAAGAUUCUUGUUAUUGCUUCGACUCAUAUUCCGCAAAAAGUGGAUCCCGCUCUAAUAGCCCCGAAUCAAUUAAAUACAUGCAUUAAGAUACGAAGGCUUCGUAUUCCACAACAACGAAAGCACUUUUUGACUCUUUCAUAUACUAGGGGAUUUCACUUGGAAAAGAAAAUGUUCCAUACUAAUGGAUUCGGGUCCAUAACCAUUGGUUCCAAUGUACGAGAUCUUGUAGCACUUAUCAAUGAGGCCCUAUCGAUUAGUAUUACACAGAAGAAAUCCAUUCUAGACACUAAUACAAUUCGAUCCGCUCUUCAUAGACAAACUUGGGAUUUGCGAUCCCAGGUAAGAUCGGUUCAGGAUCAUGGGAUCCUUUUCUAUCAGAUAGGAAGGGCUGUUGCACAAAAUGUACUUCUAAGUAAUUGCCCUAUAGAUCCUAUAUCUAUCUAUAUGAAGAAGAAAUCAUGUAACGAAGGGGAUUCUUAUUUGUACAAAUGGUACUUCGAACUUGGAACGAGCAUGAAGAAAUUAACGAUACUUCUUUAUCUUUUGAGUUGUUCUGCCGGAUCGGUCGCUCAAGAUCUUUGGUCUCUACCCGGACCCGAUGAAAAAAAUGGGAUCACUUCUUAUGGACUCGUUGAGAAUGAUUCUUAUCUAGUUCAUGGCCUAUUAGAAGUAGAAGGCGCUCUGGUGGGAUCCUCACGGACAGAAAAAGAUUGCAGUCAGAAUGAUCGAGUGACGUUGUUUCUUCGGUCCGAACUAAGGGAUCCUUUAGAUAUGAUGCAAAAUGGAUCUUGUUCUAUCCUUGAUCAUAGAUUUCUCUAUGAAAAAUACGAAUCGGAAUUGGAAGAAGGGGAAGGAGCCCUCGAUCCGCAACAGAUAGAGGAGGAUUUAUUCAAUCACAUAGUUUGGGCUCCUAGAAUAUGGAACCCCUGGGGCUUUCUAUUUGAUUGUAUCGAAAGGCCCAAUGAAUUGGGAUUUCCCUAUUGGGCCGGGUCAUUUCGGGGCAAGCGGAUCAUUUAUGAUAAAGAGGAUGAGCUUCAAGAGAAUGAGUCGGAGUUCUUGCAGAGUGGAACCAUGCAGUACCAGACACGAGAUAGAUUUUCCAAAGAACAGGGAUUUUUUCGAAUAAGCCAAUUCAUUUGGGACCCCUCAGAUCCACUCUUUUUCCUAUUCAAAGAUCAGCCCUUUGGCUCUGUGUUUUCACAUCGUGAAUUCUUUGCAGAUGCAGAGAUAUCAAAGGGGCUUCUUACUUCCCAAAUGAAUCCUCCUAUAUCUAUAUUUCAACGCUGGUUUCUCAAGAAUACGCAAGAAAAGCACUUUGAAUUGUUGAUUAAUCGCCAGAGAUGGCUUAGAACCAACAGCUCAUUAUCGAAUGGAUCUUUCCGUUCUAAUACUCUAUCCGAGAGUUAUCAGUAUUUAUCAAAUCUGUUCCUAUCUAACGGAACACUAUUGGAUCAAAUGACAAAGACAUUGUUGAGAAAAAGAUGGCUUUUCCCGGAUGAAAUGAAAAUUGGAUUCAUGCAAGAGUAGAAAGAUUUCC